AUGCCGUCUUUGUCGCCCACGAUGGAGACGGGGUCGCUGUCGUCCUGGCUCAAGAAAGAGGGCGACGAAGUCUCGGCCGGUGACGUGCUGUGUCAAGUGGAGACGGACAAAGCCGUCGUGGACUAUGAAGUGCAGGACGACGCGGUCGUGGCCAAGAUCGUGUGUCCCGAGGGCACGGCGGACCUCCCUAUUGGUGCAUUGCUGGCCUACACUGUCGAGGACAUGGACACGUACCAGAGUCUGCUACGCAGCGGCGCGCUCGCCACGUUACCGACCGACGCGUCGAAUGCUGUCGAGGUCCCGGCCGAGCCAGUCGCAGCUGCCCCAGUGACGCGCAAAGAGCCGGCAGGCACUCGCGUCCCGCUCAUCAAGUUCUUGGGCAAACGCUCGCUCCUUCCUGAGUCCAAGCACGCAAUGCUGGAGGAACGGGUGGCACCUGUGGCCAACGUGCAGUCGGUUGCAGCAGCGCCUGCGGCCGAUGUGCAGCCUGUUGUUGCAGCAGCAGACGAUGAGUUUGAGGACCUGCCGCUCAGCAACAUGCGCAAAGUCAUUGCCAAGCGACUGACUGCGUCGAAGCGAGACGUGCCGCAUAGCUACAUGAGCAUUGACUGCGAAAUUGACAAUUUGUUGAAGCUUCGCAAACACCUAAAGGGCAAGCACGACGUCAAGGUGGGUAUGAACGACUUUAUUCUCAAAGCCGUGGCUCUAGCACUGCGCGACGUGCCCGAAGCCAACUGCUUUUUCGACACGAAGACUCAGAGCGUGCAGCCGAAUGCAUCGGUUGAUGUGUCAGUGGCUGUGGCCACCGCCUCCGGUCUCAUUACUCCAAUUGUGCCCAAGGUAGACAGUCUCGGUCUGAGCGGUGUCAACCGCAUAUUUAUGGAGCUGGUGUCGCGCGCACGUGAAAACAAGCUGAAGCCUGAGGAGUUCCAGGGAGGGUCGUUCACGGUGUCAAACCUUGGCAACUUUGGUGUUGACCAGUUUCGAGCAGUGAUUAAUCCACCGCAAGCAUGCAUUUUAGCCAUCGGUGGCGGCCGCAGAGAGGUACUACCGCCUCUCGAUGUUAUGGGAAGCGUAAACCAUGAGCCGCGUGUUGCUACGCUAAUGAAUGUGACGCUGUCGUCAGACCGUCGCGUGGUGGAUGGUGUAGUUGCCGGUCAGUUUCUGCAGGUGUUCAAGAGCUACAUGGAGAGCCCUGAGCUUAUGGUUUUGUAA